GGUGAUGUUUCGCACUUUUGAAGGAAGCUAAAAAGUGACUAGACAGAAAUUUUUUUGGCUCAUCUUUUUCGGACGCGCGCUGGUCAGGUCCGGUGACUGCGCGAUUUUGUUGCGGUGGAAAGUCGGAUUGUUUUGACUGUCGAGUGCGGGGAAGCCAAUCCGGAACGUGAAACCUGGAAGUGGUGCGUGUGUAGGUGGAGAAAGACAAUCCGUUUGGGCGACAAAGCAAGCCAUUUUUCCUCUGUUGUGAGUGUGUGUGGUGUUACGACGACGACAACGACGAAGAAGACCAGAAGGAGGAGGAACGCGAGACGUCGCUACGGGUGACGUUUCCAACUUUGGCCAACGCGCAGCAGAAGGGAAAAUCGCGGCCAACUUUUUUUUUUUCUUCUCUGUGCCAGAGUGAAAUUUGCAAAACAAAAGCCUUUGUGUUUGGUUGUCGUCGUCAGCGCCAACUUUGUCAUUGUUUUGAAGCAGCUUCCCUUCGUUCCUCGUGAGCUGAGCGGAACAAAAACGGCUUCAAAAGUGGAAGUGUCUCAAGCGAAGAGGAAGCAAUCCGAGAUGGAGCUCACCCCGGAGGAAAUCAGGGCCAGGCGGCUGCGGAAGCUGGAGACCAGCUCGACGGCGACGGCAGUCGUGACUGCGGUGGACCAGCUGGCGGCCACAUCCGGCAGCGCCGGAGACGGCAAGGAAGCGGGGGAAGAAGGUUGCAGCACCAAAUCCGGCGACACGCCCAAACCUCCGCUGGAGAGUCCAACCAAACCAGCAGUCGAGAGUUGUUCGGACAAACCUCCAAAACCCGCAGCCGCAGUAGCAACAGUUGUGGUGGAACCCACCAAGAUGGACCAAGAGGACGACUCGUCGUCCAAGUCGCCCGAGGACCGAGCGCGCGACGAGGCCGCCACCCGCGAGGAGUUGCAGCAGAUCGUGUUCCGCAUCAUGAACAUCAACAGCCAGAUCCGGUACUCAGAGGCACGCUUCAGCGUCGAUCCGGCCGUGCUGGAGAGUGCGCUGGAGGCGUUGGAGGGGCGGAGGUAUCGGGAGUUUUGCGCGGAGAUUAUAACGGAGGUGGUGAAGGAGUUUUACGAGGGGCGGUUGAUUGAUUCGAGUGGGGGCGGGGGUGGAGGAAGUGGUGGACUUUCGGACAGCUGGAGCAGCAUUCCGUCGAAGAAGGUGAAGCCAAUCGAGGAGAUUGAGGAGGUGUUGGAGGGUGGGAGUACGGCGAUGGAGAUUGAUGACACGACGCCGCUGUGUUCGUCCAAGCCGAGCAUGAAGGCGUUCAGCUCGAAUCGGGUGGCGGCGUUGGAUUAUCUGAUCAACUGUUACUGCCGGGCGAACGACGAGGUGUACAGCUACACGAAGAUCAAGAAGAGCAAGAAGAUGUACUUGGUGGAGAUUUUGCCGGAUGUGGCGGCGGUGAUUCGGCAGCAAGCGCUCAAGUAUGCGAUCCUGCUGACGAAGAAUCGCUUCCAGAACUUUGCCCAGAUUGACGAUCCUGCCAAGUUAAUCUUGGAGAAGUCGCCGCUGCUAACGUUGAUGUACGAGAACAAGGUUCCGUCGGAUUUCCUCGCCAGCUUGAUGGCGGAGGCGCGCAAGCAGGAGUCGGAUUUUGACGAGAUCUUCACGAUCGUGCUGGACGAUUUGUACGUGGACAUGCAGAACGCGAUCUGCAACGAAAACAUCAUCGGCGAUCCGUUAAACCGACUGAAGGAACUGGUUGAGAUAAAAGUUGAGAAUACCAAUCCGAUCUGCAAAUUGAUCGUGAAGCACGUUGUGUUCCUGCCAAGACUGACCCUAGACAAGUACGCUGCCCGGGAAAUUUCCAAGGUGUCCUUCCUGGCGCCGUUCCUCUCGCUGUCCGUUCUUCUCGACGAGAACCCAAAAUUCGCCACGCACCACUUCCUGGACAACGCCUGCGAUCGGACGCUGUCCGCUUCGUUCCAGACGCUGCUCGGAAACACCCGCAAGGUGCUGCACCAGAUCUUCCUGUCCCUGCUAACCAACCUGGACAGCCGGCAGGAGGUGCUCAAGUACGUCUCGGAGAUCCUCCGGACGAACCACAAGCGAAUCCAGUACAACGCCGACGAUCGCUUCCUCGCCAAGGACGGCUUCAUGCUGAACUUCAUGUCGAUCCUCCAGCUGCUCUCCCUCAAAAUCAACAUGUCCCGCAUCGACCCGUUCUACCCGCACCACCCGGAAGCCCUCAUCGACAUCGAGGACGAAACCAAGCUCAAGUGCUCCUCCCAAGAGUACACCGACUGGCUGGAGACGACCCGCGCCAACCGCAAGUGGGAAACGCCAAAAUUCGUCACCCACUGCUGGUUCCUGACGCUGCACGCCCACCACCUCGGCAUCAUCCCGGCCAUCCAGCGCUACAACAAGCUGCUGCGCGCCACCAAGGAACUGCAGCGCAUGGUCGACGAACUCAACAACAGCAAGGCCCAGUGGGAGAACACACCGCUCGCGCGCCGCAACAAACAGGUCCGCGACCGCUGCGUCAACCAGAUCAGCAAACUCUCCAAGGCCAAACUCAGCUGCGACAUUGCGAUCGUCGAUCCGAACGUCCUCGGCGCUUGCACCCAGUUCUACUCGAGCGUGUGCGAGUACAUGCUGUACCAGAUCGAGAACCGCCCCAUCGAGGGUCUGUUCGUGAACAAGCACCCGCCGAUGUCGCUCGUGCCGAGCGAGAACUUUUGCGCCCUGCCCGAGUGGUACAUCGAGGACAUUGCCGACUUUAUUCUGUUCUGCAUGCAGCACAGCAGCAUCACCGACUACGUGGACAACUCGAUCAUCACGUGGAUCCUGACGCUGGUUUGCGCGCCGCACCUCAUCAAGAAUCCGUACAUCACUGCCAAGCUGAUUGAGGUUCUCUUCGUGACCUCGCCGACCAUCCAGACGUCCUCGCAGCGCCUCUACCUGCAGAUCAUCAACCACGAGCUGGCCCAGACCGCUCUGGUAAGUGCCCUUAUGAAGUUUUACACCGACAUCGAGACGACCGGCCAGAGCACGGAGUUUUACGACAAGUUCACCAUCCGGUACCACAUCAGCCACCUGUUCAAGGGCCUGUGGGACAGCGUCGUGCACCGGCAGGCGAUCGUCAACGAGUCCAAGAUUGGCAAGCAGUUUGUGAAGUUUGUAAACUUUUUCCUGAACGACACGACCUAUCUGCUGGACGAGUGCCUGGAGUAUCUGAAGCGAAUCCACGAAACGCAGGUGCUGAUGAUGGACGACGCGGCCUGGGGCGAGCUGGGCACGGAGGCACAGUCGAGUCGUCAGCGGCAGCUCGUUCAGGAUGAGCGGCAGUGCCGGUCGUAUCUGACGCUGGCCCGCGAAACCGUGGACAUGUUCCACUAUCUGACGAUCGACAUUAAGGAGCCGUUCCUGCGGCCGGAACUGAUCGACCGGUUAAGCUCGAUGCUCAACUACAAUCUGCAGCAGCUGUGCGGACCCAAGUGCAAUGAUCUGCGCGUGAGAAAUCCGAUGAAGUACGGCUGGGAGCCACGCCGGCUGCUCGGCCAGCUGAUCGACAUCUAUCUGCAUCUGAGCUGUGAUGAAUUUGCCGCCGCACUAGCCGCGGACGAGCGAUCCUUCGAGAAGAACUUGUUCGAGGACGCCGCGAACCGUGUCGAACGAAUUGGCAUCCGAACGCCGAUGGAGGUUGAGGAGUUCCGCAAGUUGAUCCACCAAGCGUCGGAAAUCUUCAUCCAGAACCAGCAGAACGCGGACGAGUUCGCUGAGGCGCCGGACGAUUUUAAGGAUCCGCUGAUGGACACGCUGAUGACCGAUCCGGUGAUUUUGCCGUCCGGCACCGUCAUGGACCGUUCGAUCAUCACGCGGCACCUGCUCAACAGCAGCACCGACCCGUUCAACCGGCAACCGCUCACCGAGGACAUGCUGAAGCCGGACACCGAACUGAAGCACCGCAUCGAGCAGUGGAUCAAAGAUUAUCGCGCCAAGAAGAAACAAUAAGACUACCCUUUUUGUGUGUGUCGACGACGAACGCCGUGACAGAGAGGACAAACACUCAAAAACUGAAUUUACUAUUAUAACAAUACACACACACACACACACACGCAUAUACAUAUAGACGUAUUUAUAUUAAAAGAAAGUAUAGUGCUAAGCUAGGACUUACCUUCCCUCCCUCUCCCCCCCAAUUUCGAUCCGCAAAUCCCCAAAACCCCACCUCCUUCCCCCUUCCAUCUAUCGGUGCUGAAAAUUUGAAAGAAACAGGAAACUGGUUGUCACAACACACACUUAUCAAUCGCGUUGAGUCGCGCGUUAUCGUUAGCUAUUGUUCUCCCCCCACACCCCGCUGCUAAGAUAUGAGACCGUACAAUAAACCCCAAGAGAGUAGAACAAAUCAAUCCUUCCAUAUUUGUGCUCUUUGUGAUGGAAACAAAAAAAAAACGAAAAAGGUUAUUAGAGGAAAAUUUCAAAAAACACGAGAAGCGAAUAAUCUCAAACAUGAUUUAAAGGCGACGACGACGGCCACUUGGAAAGAAAACAAUAAGUAAAAUUAACGCAUCUUUACUCACUCUCUCUUGUUUUUCUCAACCUGGAAUAGAAAAAUAAUAAAGUUUUACCCUCACCAGUGCAAAGGAUCGGCGCGAGAGCAGUGAUGGAUUCUGGGCUGGGAUGGCGAUGGCCAUUGGGUAUCUUUCCUCUUUUCUAAA